AUGUCACCGCCGCGGGCACUGCUGGCGGGACUGCUCCUCUGCCAACUACUCUCAUACGGUGGCCACCAAGGACUCACCAAGAUAUUUUACACGUUACCUGACACGGGGCAGCCUCCCAUACUCAUCUCCUUAGUGGAGAACGCGAAAUUGGAUUUAAGGCCACCAGACGACUUAUUGUUCGUCAAUGAUUCCGAACAACACAAUGAGACAACUAGUUUUGCGAUCGUGGAUAGUGCAGCUGAUGAAGAAGAAAAAACAAUCGGCAGCGUGGAAAAAGAAAGUACGGAGCCUCGGCUCGUAGUAAAAGCUAAGCCCAUGCAUGAAACCCGACAAAUAGAUGAUGCAUUUCAAAGUACCACUUCCGUACCAAAUGUAGAGGUCUCGGUAGAAUCUCACCCUGAAGAAAAAUUAGAAGAAAGCACUCCAGCAAAACAGGAGACACCUCAAGAAGAUAUUCCAUCAUUUUCGGAAUGGGCCCAAAAACAAUUAGCAGAAGCCGAAAAACAGGAUACCGUACUGAAUCACUCGAGUCAACCUAGUCAUAGUAAUACAAAUUUUAGCAGCAAAAGCACCAAAUUACGGUCAAAAAAUUACGCAUCGCUCGCAUGCGGCGCGAAAGUAGUCGCAGUCAACCCUGAGGCGGUGUCAGCUAGUUCGAUACUGUCGGCCACAAGGGAUGAGUAUAUGCUCAACACGUGCACUAGCCGCAUUUGGUUCGUCGUGGAGCUCUGUGAAGCUGUUCAAGCGCAAAAAAUAGAAAUAGCCAAUUUUGAGCUUUUCUCCUCAACGCCCAAGGACAUCGCUGUGUAUUUCAGCGAUCGUUUCCCCACUAGGGAAUGGACGGACGUCGGUCAGUUUACUGUACAAGAUACUAGAGAGAUACAAAGCUUCGAUUUGUAUCCUCAUUUGUUCGGAAAGUUCAUCAAAGUAGAAAUGCUUUCCCAUCACGGUUCUGAGCACUUUUGCCCGAUUUCUCAGUUCAAAGUUUAUGGUACUUCGGAAUUCGAAGUGUUAGAAAAAGAGAGUUCUCAACACUCUGCUCAUAUUGAUGAUGAUGAAGAUGAUGAGAUAAUAGACAUCCCCGACGUUCCUGCUGCCGAAGUGGAACCUUCAAAGAACCUGUUCGGUUCUGCGCGAGACGCAGUGAUGUCUAUUAUGAAAAAAGCUGCUCAAGCAUUAGUUAAAACUGAAGUUCCUAAAAAUGUUUCCAGUGAACGCAAUGACACGUCGACAGACAGUAUGUACAAAAAGUGUUGUUCGCCAAGCCAUAUAAUAGUGUGUGAUAAUUGCAGUGAAACGCUCUAUAAUGAUGUGUAUGAACUGCUUAGUUGUAGCUCGGACAGAUUGACGAGUUUAGUGCGCACAGUGUUCCUAAGAGACACUUUAAAGUGUACAAGUGUAUGUCAGACUUAUGGUUUAGAUUUUAAAAGUACAAAGACUAUAGAAUUUGGUGACGAACGUGUCGCUUAUAUUAACGCUUUGUUCCCGCCUAAGUAUUUAGCGGCUUUGUGUAACAUUCUUGCGAUUAAAGAGAAGAAAGUGGUUUUGAAUACCAGUUUCGAAACUGAAAUGAAUGUUACAUCUAACGUAACUGUGGAGGAAACUCCUCAAAAUGUAAGUAGUGAAACAAAUUCAGAACAAGUCAUAUUAGUACCAAUUAAGAAUGAAACAGGGGAUGAUAAGAAUGAUAGUACAGCACAACCCGAUGACAAAACUAUUGUACCUGAACAAAAAAUUGACAAUUUACCCAUAGAAUUACCAAAAGAUGAGAAAGAUAAAUCAGAUACGUGUAAAGAUGAUAUCCAAGCAAUUCUAGAAGAGAAGCAACCCACACCGGAACCUCAAGAAGAUCCUGUUUCAGAAGAGAAACAGAUGGAAACGAAUAAUGAGAAUGAAAAUAAAGAUAACUCAAAACCUGAUAGUAAGAAUAGUAAAGAUAUAAUAAUUGAAAAGUCUAAAGAAACAAGUAAUGCAGAUGAAUUGAAUGAUCAAGUUCUUAUAGAUAGUGAGAGUUUCAUAUCAGAUUUGGACUCGAUAGCGGUGGACCCCACGCCCGCGGGCACUCACGCUGCUUUGAACCAAAACCAAGCGCAGGCAACUCUACAGAAAGAAUCAGUAUUUUUAAGGCUGUCAAACAGAGUAAAGACACUAGAGAGAAAUAUGUCUCUGUCGGGACAAUAUUUAGAAGAGUUGAGCAGGCGAUAUAAGAAACAAGUGGAAGAAAUGCAGAAGUCUUUCGAAAAGACCAUGCUGCAUAUGACUGAUGAGAGAAGAAAGACUAACGAGCGAGAGCAGAAGUACUUAGAGCAGAUGACGAAUUUACAAGACCAACUCGCACAAAUGACGAUAGCUAUGAAACUUCUCAUGGAAGAAAGGGACAGUUGGUUCGGCAACAUAUCCUUCACCAAGUUCAUCAUAUACCAAUCAAUCAUCAUCACCAUAGUCUUUUAUUAUAUGUCAAAGAAGCGAAAACCGGAAACAAUUCUGGUACCAAUUCCAAAGAAAAUAAAGAAAAGGCAGGACAAGUUUAGAAGAAAGUCCGUCGAAGGUGUCAGCGGUCACGCGACUCCAUCGACCAAAAAGCGAAGGCCUAGCGAAGAAGCAUUCCAAAUUGCGCGACAAUCUACAGAUGAGAUGGAGAAAGAGAAUGACUCCGGUGAAUGGCAAGUCGCCAAAAAGAACAGGAGACGAAAAACUUCAAUCAUCCACAGAAGCGUUGAGGUUGACGUUAGAGAUGUCGCUCAAGAUGGUAUUAGGGAGUUACAAGAGAACACGAUCACAUUAGACGAAGGCGUCUACUUCGUCCCCGUGCCCGAGCCUAAAGAAUUUCCAGAUACUAAGGAAAAAGAGUUACCAAAAACAAAUGGAUCAUUCUUUAAUAACCUAAAAACUAAAACUAUGAAGACAAGACGGUUGUCCUCUCCAGCCUUUCUAAGGACUUUCAACAGACAAAGCAGUAGAAGUAAUCCUAGUCCAGUUGUAAGGACGUUGGAGCCCAUUUUCAAUGGAAAAUUAGGUAAAAAGGCCUCCUCAGAGUCGCCAACAGGUAGUCUAUGGUCGGAAUCAACAGAUAUAUCCCAAAACGGUCACCCGGAGAGUGAGAAUGGUGGCAAAAAGAAGAAAAGCCUCAAAAACAUACUUAAAAAAGUAUUU